CCGGCGGUCCAGGCCGCGCGGGUGGUGUUGGGUGGUGAGGGUCGUGCUGGCUGCGUGCGUCGGGCGGCCUCCAGCCGGGCCGCAGCCAUGGCCUCCCUGCUCGCCAAGGACACCUACCUGCAGAGCCUGGCCCGGAGGAUCUGCUCCCAGCCCGGCCCCGAGCCCCCGGGGCGCAAGCGGGCUGGCAAAACUCAAGGCUCAGAAGCUGCUGGGCCCCCAAAAAAGAAAAGGAAGAAAACACAAAAGAAAUUUCGGAAGCAGGAAAAGAAGGCUGCUUAUCCCAAGGCUGAGUCCCUGGGGGAGAAGUCUCUAGGUGGUCCUGAGGCUAGAAGGCCAGAGGAAGCCAAAGAGGAGACUUCCAGCUCCACAGGGGCCCCUGCAGAUGGCCUGGCCAUGGGGCCUGAUUCUCUCUUUGCCCUGGAUGUUCUGCGACAGCGACUGCACGAGAGGAUCCAGGAGGCCCGGGGCCAGGGCAGUACCAAGGAGCUGUCACCUGCCACUUUGGAGAAGAGACGGCGGAGAAAGCAGGAGCGGGACCGGAAAAAAAGGAAGCGAAAAGAGCUUCGGGCAAAGGAGAAAGCAGCCAAGGCCGAGGAGGCUGCUGAGCCCGUCCCUGUCCCGGAGGUGGCCUGCCAGGAGCCCCCGGAGCCGCCGGGGCUGAUCUUCAACAAGGUGGAGGUGGGCGAGGACGAGCCGGCCGGCAGGGCGCAGCGCAGGAAGGAGAAGAGGCAGAAGGUGAAGGGGAACCUCACGCCGCUGACGGGCAGGAACUACCGGCAGCUGCUGGAGCGCCUGCAGGCUCGGCAGAGCCGCCUGGACGACCUGCGGGACCAGGACGAGGGGAAGGCGCAGGAGAUGGAGGCCAAGAUGAGGUGGACAAACCUGCUGUACAAGGCGGAGGGCGUGCGGAUCCGCGACGACCCCCGCCUGCUGCAGGAGGCCCUGAAGCGCAAGGAGAAGCGCCGGGCGCAGCGGCAGCGCCGGUGGGAGAAACGCUCGGCCCACGUGGUGGACAAGAUGCAGCAGCGCCAGGACCGGCGGCGGCAGAACCUGCGCAAGAAGAAAGCAGCCCGUGCCAAGCGCCGCCUGCUCAAGGCCCGCAAGAAGGGCCGGAUCCUGCCGCAGGACCUGGAGCGCGCAGGCCUGGCCUGAGCACCUUCCCGCCGGCCGCCUCUCCCUCCCGCCAGGCUGGUGUGGUGUGACACCCUCUGGAUCGCUCUGGCCCGCGGGCUCCUCGCCACGUGGGCACAGUCGAGCUUAGCGCUGAGCUUUUGAGCACCCAGAUCAGGCAGGUGGUAGGGAAACGUUCCCGCCUCAUCCUUGAAGACAGGGCCCGGGCCCUACAGACCCGGGGAGGGCGGACCAGGCCUGGGCUCACAGGGCCCAGGGGAUGUGGGAACCAGCAGGGAAGAAGGAACAGUGUGGAGAGGGUUUGGGGGUGAGGCACCUCAUUGGCACCUUCCUCCCUGCCGGGUUCACAGGCUGCGGAACGGGAGAAUGGCCUUUGCUGGCUGCCCGCCUUAGUCCAAAGCACCUGGAAGGGGAACAGCCCGGGGUGGGCGGGCUGGUAGCUCAGGAGAAGCUGGUUGCACGCUGGGCUGGGUCGCCAAGGCCUCCUGCCGCCUUCUCUGCCCGUCUUGGUGUCCUUUUCUGCUCCUCGGUUGCCCUGGGGCAGUGUCCUCAGGCUCAGAAUUGACAAAUGUGUACAUUCUAAGAUAACCGCCAAAGAUAGAAACUGUCUACUAAACUAGGAGAAAGAAAAACAGUGCAGUGGGGUGAGAAGAUCUCAGUCCAAACGAGAGAAGAAAGAAAAAAUAACACCUAAAAACUGAGGCAAAUGGAAGAUACAAAAUGGGGUAGUGGAAUUAAAUCCAAAUCUGUAGGUGAUCAAAAUGAAUGCAGAUUGACCAGACUUGGUAAAUUUUACUGGUAUGUGAAAAUAAUAAAGCUGUUAAUAAAAUGA